UGAAAUAUUUCAUAAGGCGCAGUGUAACGAUACGUUAAUAGCCACCAUUCAGGUUUUGCAAGGGUAGUAGGCUGGAGGGUUGACAACCGUAACUGAACUUAGUAACUAGCGAGAGCUUGAAAUAGAAAGACGACUCUGCUCGUAAACUAUUAGUCUAGAUUCGUUUAAACUUUACGGCAUGUCCUCAUGAAUAUGUGCGUCUAUGAAUUUGACUUAAAAAAUACAAGACGAUUGGUGAUUUUAGUGUAUCAUCGAAGGUGGUCAGCGCAGUGAUGUCGAAGUGAAGGGUGUAGUUAUGUAUUAGUAUAGGCGGGCACGUGUCGCGGGAGGGGCGCGAUCGAUCGCGACGCGGGUCAGGGCUAGCACACGGAGCCGCGGCGCCGCCGGGACAUGAGCGCCGUGCGUCACGCCGCGCUUCUCCUCGCGCUUGCCGCCACCUUCUUGCCGCAGGCCAAUCGUGUCGCCGGCGGCGGUGGAGGUGGAAUGUUCGGUGAUGUCAAUAUAUCAGCUAUCUUGGAUUCGUUCAGCAUCAGCUAUGAUAAGCGAGUAAGACCAAACUAUGGAGUUCUGUGGUUUCCAGGACCACCAGUCGAAGUCGGAAUCACGAUGUACGUGCUGUCGAUCAGCUCACUGUCCGAAGUACACAUGGACUUCACUCUGGACUUCUACUUCAGACAGUUCUGGACAGAUCCGCGACUGGCCUACAAGAAGCGACCAGGCGUGGAAACCCUGUCCGUGGGCUCGGAGUUCAUCAAGAACAUCUGGGUACCGGACACGUUCUUUGUCAACGAAAAGCAAUCGUAUUUCCACAUAGCAACAACAAGCAACGAAUUUAUUAGGAUUCACCACUCCGGCUCGAUAACAAGAAGUAUUAGAUUAACGAUCACUGCAUCGUGUCCCAUGAACCUGCAGUAUUUCCCCAUGGACCGGCAGCUUUGCCAUAUCGAGAUUGAAAGCUUCGGGUACACGAUGAGGGACAUAGUGUACGUUUGGAAGGACGGCGCGUCGAGCGUCGGCAUGAGCAGCGAGGUCCAGCUCCCGCAGUUCCGCGUGCUCGGGCACCGCCAGCGCGCCACGGUCGUGACGCUGAGCACAGUCGGCUACACGAUGCGCGACAUCCGCUACAAGUGGAACGAGGGACCCAACUCGGUGGGCGUCUCCAAGGAAGUGUCGCUGCCGCAGUUCAAGGUGCUCGGACACCGUCAGCGCGCCAUGGAGAUCUCGCUCACAACAGGGAAUUACUCAAGGCUGGCAUGCGAAAUACAGUUCGUACGCUCGAUGGGGUACUACCUCAUCCAGAUCUACAUACCUUCGGGUCUGAUCGUGAUCAUAUCGUGGGUCUCGUUCUGGCUGAACCGGAACGCGACCCCGGCCCGCGUGCAGCUCGGGGUCACCACCGUGCUGACGAUGACAACGCUCAUGUCAUCGACCAACGCCGCUCUGCCGAAGAUAUCAUACGUCAAGUCUAUAGACGUGUACCUCGGGACCUGCUUCGUCAUGGUUUUUACGAGCUUGCUUGAAUACGCGACAGUUGGCUACAUGUCGAAGAGGAUACAGAUGCGCAAGCAACGGUUCAUUACCAUACAAAAGAUUAUGGCCGAGAAGAAGAUGCCCACGGAGUGUCCCCCGCCGUGGGACCCGCACACGCUCGCUAAAAUGAGCUCCUUAAACCGAUACCCUCCUGGUAGCAGAGCUUCCGUGAGUAGAAGUUCGCAGGAAGUUCGCUACAAGGUCCGAGAUCCGAAAGCGCACUCUAAGGGCGGCACGCUUGAGAACACGAUCAGCAGGAGCAGGAUGAACAUCGAGGGGGACGCGGCGGGGCCCGUCAUGCACCCCCUGCACCCGGGGAAGGACAUUGGAAAAUUCCUCGGCAUGACGCCCUCGGACAUCGACAAAUAUUCGAGGAUCGUGUUCCCGGUGUGCUUCGUCUGCUUCAACCUGGUCUACUGGAUCGUGUACCUCCAUGUGUCAGACGUGGUCGCCGAGGACCUGGAGCUGCUCGAGGACAAGUGAACGGAGCCACAACCACGGCUACUACUCGGGGCACUCCCAGCGGACCCUGGGCGGCGUCGCAGACAGCUGCUGCGGGCUUACUCCUGAUGCGAUUAAAUAAGAUAGCGAUCACGAAAUGGUAUUAAUAAAAGACUUUUGAGGAGCACGCAAUGGAUGACAAAAUGUUAGCUAACCUGCGAGUUCAACUUACCGUCGGCUCGUCUGACGUACGCAGCUACCUUCACUUUAGCAAUAAUUAUUUAAUUUCGGUAUUAACGAGCAGCUACUGUGUAUUUUGUAGGCAGCGGCUUGGCUCUGCCCCUGGCAUUGCUGAAGUCCAUGGGCGACGGUAACCAUUCACCAUAAAGUGGGCCGUAUGCCCGUCUGCCUACAAGGGCAAUGAAAAAAAAUUACGAUAAAUCCCUGCGUUGGAAAACACCUAAUGAUCUUCAAACGACUGUAUUAUUUUUAGUUUAACGUAACACAAGUAAUAUAUAGAUCUAACCGUUUGACAACAACAGAGACACGAAACGUUCAAAUGCAGAACACCUUUGUUUUUAAAGUCGGGUAUCUCAAGUCUCUGGGCCUUCUCUAACAUCAGAGUACCGAGGCACCGACUGGACAGUCGGUCUGGUCUCUGGAAGUCGUGUCAUUCAGUUCUUUAAUGGGUCUUUAGCCGACCAUGAUUUGUUUCCAAAAAAAAUUUUAUUGCCAUUUUCUGUACUCAAAGUAACCGCACGCCACAAUGAGUAGUGAAACAAAAAAACUUCAAAUCGUCAUAUUUUUCUUUUGGUCAACUUUAUCUAUAUCUAUAAUAUGUAUCUAUUAGAUGAACAUGCCAUUACUGUCUCUAAACUGUGAAUUUAGCAGUCUUAUAUUUGCGAGUACAUUUAGUAGUACAAUUAUUUAAAAAAAAAAAAACGUGACGACUAAGUAAUUUUGCAAUAUUUUUUAUUUACACGCAAUGUAAAGCAAAUACAUGUUAGCCGAGGUCAAUGACCUGUUGUGUCGCGGGGGGCGUCCGCCGCUUGCGUUUACCAUUACGGGUUGAGGAGAUACAAACUUAGGGUAUUAUUAUAUUGAUUUUUUUAUUCCGUUGGUGACGAUCUCGCGUCCCAUCCUGCUUCGGGAGUGGUCCUCUUACACCGCACACGGCUCAAAUCACUUUGUCACAUCCAACUCUAUUCGGACCAAACUCUUAACUCAAAAAAAAACCACUUCUAUAAAACUUUAUAGUACACGA